AUAAACUAACCUAUAUACUAAAAUACUUUAAAUACAAAAUAUAAUUGAAUAUAUUAGAAAUCAGUGUUAAAAAGGAUUAAAAAUUAUUUUCAGAUAUUAGAAGAAUAUUUAUAUUACCAAAAUGUCAAUGUUUACUGCAAAAAAUGUUGUUUGCCUCAAUCAGAAGUUUUUAUUACGAGGUGCAUCAAGUGCUUGGAUAACAUCGAGUAGCCCUAGUAAAUCUUAUGCAACAAAAAUGGAUAAUCCAGCUUCAAAAAAUAUUGUAUUUAUUGAUGGAGUUAGAACUCCUUUUUUGUUAUCUGGGACAAAUUAUAGUAAAUUGAUGGCUUAUAAUUUAGCAACACAUGCUCUUCUUUCAUUAGUAAGAAAAACGAAAAUUCCAAAAGAGAUGAUCGAUUAUGUUAUCUAUGGAUCAGUUAUUCAAGAAGUGAAAGUAUCAAAUAUUGCUCGUGAAGCUGCACUUGCUGCGGGUUAUAGUGAUAAAACCCCAGCUCAUACUGUUACAAUGGCUUGCAUCAGUAGUAAUGCAGCAUUGACAACUGGUAUGGGUUUAAUUGCAUGUGGAGCAUUCGAUACUAUUGUCGCAGGUGGUGUAGAAUUUAUGUCCGAUAUUCCAAUUCGACAUAGCAGACAAAUGAGAAGUUUGAUGUUGAAGGCUUCAAAGGCGAAAACUCUUCCUCAAACUCUAGCACUUCUUGCUUCUAUACGACCAAGUUUUUUCGUGCCAGAUUUACCUGGUGUUGCUGAGUUUUCAACUGGUGAAGUUAUGGGACAUAGUGGUGAUCGAUUAGCAGCUGCAUUUGGAGUAUCACGUCAAGAACAAGAUGAAUACGCUGCAAGAUCUCAUAGACUUGCCCAACAAGCUCAACAACAAGGCAAUUUGUCUGAUUUAGUGCCUUUCAAAGUCCCUGAUCAAGACCAAAUUAUUGACAAAGACAACGGAAUAAGAGUUUCAUCACCUGAAAGUUUGCAAAAACUUAAACCAGCCUUUGUAAAGCCUUAUGGAACUAUUACUGCAGCUAAUGCAUCAUUUUUAACUGAUGGUGCUUCAGCAGCUCUUAUCAUGACUGAAGAAAAAGCUCGCCAAUUAGGACUUAAACCAAAAGCUUACUUAAGACAGUUCACUUAUGUAUCACAAGACCCAGUAGAUCAAUUGUUACUAGGACCAACUUAUGCUAUUCCAAAGAUUUUAGAAAAAUCUGGACUAACUUUGAAUGAUAUCGGGGUCUGGGAAAUUCAUGAAGCAUUUGCUGGCCAAAUUUUAGCAAAUUUAAAAGCUAUGGAUUCUGAUUGGUUUGCUCGAGAAUAUUUGAAACGAAGCCAAGGUAAAGUAGGAGUUCCUGAUCUGAAAAAAUGGAAUGCUUGGGGCGGAUCAUUAUCUAUUGGACAUCCAUUUGCUGCAACGGGUGUUAGAUUAGCUACGCACACUGCCAAUCGUAUGAUCAAAGAAGACCAACAAUUUGGAUUAAUUGCAGCGUGUGCUGCUGGUGGACAGGGUGUUGGUAUGAUUAUGGAGAGGCAUCCAGAUGCAAAAUUAUAAGAUUUGAGAUUUUAUAUUUUUUUAUAUGUUGAAAUUGUACGAAAAUUUCCACUAUAUUAACACAUAUUUUCUUAGGCUAUCUGAUAUUAAAUUUUGUAAGCUGACUUAAAAAAUAUAUAUUUACAUUUUAUUAUUAUA